AUGGACCAGCAAGACCCCAACCACACAGGACUCCCAGCAGAUGGCCAGGAUGGAGCCAGAGGAGUGAGCCACAACUCAGGAGUACCUGAAAAGAAGAGCAGAGGGAGUUUAGUCUCGGCGGACUCUGUGGAAUCCCGGAACGGAGCGGACUCUGUGGGCUCCCAGAACAAAGCGGACUCUGGAGUGGGCUCCCGGAACGGAGCGGACUCUGUGGGCUCCCAGAACAAAGCGGACUCUGGAGUGGGCUCUGUGAGCUCCGGGACUGGAGCAGGCUCUGGACUGGGCUCUGUGGGCUCCCGGACUGGAGCGGGCUCUGGACUGGGCUCUGUGGGCUCCCGGACUGGAGCGGGCUCUGUGGGCUCCGGGACUGGAGCGGGCUCUGGAGUGGGCUCUGUGGGCUCCAGGACUGGAGCGGGCUCUGAAGUGGGCUCUGUGGAAUCCGGGACUGGAGCAGACUCUGGACUGGGCUCUGUGAGCUCUGGGACUGGACUGGGCUCUGUGAAAUCCGGGACUGGAGCGGACUCGGGACUGGGCUCUGUGAAAUCCGGGACUGGAGCGGACCCUGGACUGGGCUCUGUGAGCUCCCGGACUGGAGCGGGCUCUGGACUGGGCUCUGCGAAAUCAGGGACUGGAGCGGACUCUGGACUGGGCCCUGUGAGCUCCGAGACUGGAGCGGGCUCUGGACUGGGCUCUGCGAAAUCAGGGACUGGAGCGGACUCUGGACUGGGCCCUGUGAGCUCCGAGACUGGAGCGGGCUCUGGACUGGACAUGAUGGCCUUCGGCCUCAGCAAUCCUACAAAGCAACAGAAGAGAGGCACAGAGAUGAGUCCACUCUCACCACCAUAA